AUGAGCAAAAAGUUCAAAUCUCAAGCGUCGAGCAGCCGUGCUGCUGCUGGCACCUUUGGAGGCUUUGCGGGGUUCUCGUCGUCUGUGUCGGGCGAGGGGAGAGAGCUAUCUUCUCUCACGUACGUGGCUGAGCCACCGGAUCUGUCUCAAAUAUCAGACGCUCAACUGGCGAUUGCUUUUAAGAACUUUUCCAAAAAAGACGAUGUGACUAGGACGAAAGCUAUAGACGAUAUCAAGUCUUACGUUUCUAGUGUCGCAACGAAUGAUGGUACCCUUGAUGAUGGAUUCCUAGAAGCUUGGAUUAGAAUUUACCCCAGGGCAUCGAUCGAUCUGUAUCGCAGAGUGAGGCAGUCUGCGCAUUCUACUCAAGGGUUGAUUGCUAGCCUCGUGGGCAAGCGAGUUGCCCGUUUUCUGCCCAAGGUAGUCGGGGCCUGGCUGGCUGGGGUUUACGACAAUGAUAAACCGGUUCAUCAGUCCGCUUUAGAGUCCAUAACACGUGUAUUUUCUACCGAUGAGAAGCGGAACGCUAUCUGGAAGGUCUUUCAGAGCUCUAUUCUUGACUUUGUCGAUGAUGUCAUUCUUCAACAAACUCCUCUAACCCUGAGCGAUGAAAGGACAAUCAAGCCCGAAGACGCCGAGGCGAAGUAUGCUCGUGUAGUGGGAACUGCGAUUUUGUUGUUCAACCGUAUCCUAGGAAACACUACAAGAGAGGACCGUCAAAGUGACAUCUCGAAGGUUGAAACCAUACUCGGAAGCAAGUCAUUAUGGACAUUCUGCUACCAUGAUGAUCCUUUUGUUCGCCGCUCAAUGUAUACGCUGGUUCGUACAGUUGUCUCCGGAGAACCGGAAGAACUGGAUUGGAGACUAGUCAGCGCAGCUCUGAUGGGCAAAUCACUCCACAUAACCCAACUCGGCUCCGCCUCUGACUUAUCGGAAGCUUUACUGCAUGUAACGUCUGCACGGCCUCAGAUAUGGACUGAUGAUUACUCUGGGAAAACAUCUUCUUCGAAGAGGUUGCUCCAAUACAUACGGAAGGGAUCUCAGGGCAGCCCGGGACUUUUCUGGUCAAACAUCUACCAACUGCUGCAACUGGUUCCGAUACAGACGCUAGCAAAGCUAGAUCCUAAUUCUCCCAGUGACGAUAAUAUUGGGCUGUCAAGUGCGACGGCUCUGAUGGAGGCAAUACACGAUGGUCUGAGUUCAAGAGAAGAGCCAGCGCAGAAUCGAACGCUAGGCUGGAAGAUCUAUGUUGAGACCGCCAUGUGGCUAGCACAAGGUCUAUCAGACCCAGACACCAUAAAGCUUCUGCACGAAGAGCUUUCUCCGUUAAUAGUGCAGUACGUGAGACCCGAACCGGAGGCUUCUCGGUGGUCACUGCCUACACAGUCCUCUGAAACUAUCUGCACCGAAUAUCUUACUGCUCUAUUCUCGUUCGGUUACGAAAACGCAUUUAACGAGCUAUGGACAAAGUUGUCAGAAGACUUACUGGAAGCUGUCAGGCUCUCGUCACCCGAGCAAUCGAAGGACUUCAUAUCUUCUCAGGAUGCAGUAUGUGCUCAGGCUGAGCGUCUUUUCUCUCUAGAGGCGUCUUUACUGUCACGCCUCGCCGACCAAGAACUUGAACCUAAAGCCUUGCAUACACUUGAGAGUCUAAACCUGAAAUUGCUGAACAACUGCUUGGAAGUACUGCGGUCCCGCAAUGGCAAGCCUUAUGGAGCAACAGCGGUUGUGGAAGAGGUUGUUCGCAGUAUCCCGCAGAUUGGGCAGCAUUCUCAGGAGCUUCUGGACUUUAUCCAAAAAGAUGCACCAGAGCUGCUUUUCUCUCCUAGCGGUGACCAUUUGAUUUCGAUCAUUUUACUCUGCCGCACUUGGCCUGGCUUCUCUUCCAGUUUUGAAGAACUUGUCAAGCGGGUUGCGCAACUUGAAAAUGUAAUGACCAACGCAAGUGCUGUUCAGAGGCUUCUUUCGAGCCUCGACUUGAAUGAAGUCGACAAGGAGAUUAUUGGGCCACUCAUUAUUCGAGCGCUGGAACUAGCUUGUAAAGGGAGCCAGUUGCACUGGUCUGUGGUUAUUUCCGCUUUGCAGAAUCCGACCAGUCAAGGAGAGCUAGAAGACUCAAUAUUUCUUUCUCUUCUAGACAAUCUGUCUGUGGAAAACGAGGUUGCGUACACGCUGCAAGGGCUUGUACAGGUUGUUUCUUCAGUUCCCAGUGCAGCUAAGAGAUUCCAGACUGGAACUCAGGGUUCAAAACUGACCGGAAAAUUACUGUUCCUUAUGGAAUCCCCAUCAGAGGAGAUUGCUAGCCUGGCACACUCGUUGAUUGACCAGAUGAAAAAGUCUGGCGUCGGGGAAACAAGCACCAAAGCAAGCCUCGAGAUCUUGCAGGAGAACCUGACUCAUGUCAAUGAGGAAUCGCUAUCGAUCGAAUCAUUGCUGGAUAUCGGCGAGGAACUGCUACGUAGCUCGAAACCUGAGAACAUCGGUCAGUUGGCCAGAGAUGUCCUUCCAUCUCGGCAGACAUGGGAGGAAGCAUUGGGACCCUUCCUUGAUUUGCCGCCACGUUUGUCAACCGCCAUCACUAGUCCCCUCUCAGGUAUUGUGCACUUGGUGAAUCGGGAGUUGCCAGAAUCGUUCACCCAGCGAUACGAAAAUAUUAAGCGUGAUUCAAGCCAAUGCUCAGCUGCGUUCAGACUAACCCAUUUUACUGUUCGGAUGAUGUCUUUGUUUGAUUUUACGAAGCAUCUUAACUUGGAAAGCUUCCAGGUCCUGUUCUCUAACUUGCCUCUGGCGGUGCAGCUUAUUGAAGACGACCUCGACAUUGAAGGGUACAAUAAUAUAGCAGGAAUGCUAACUCACGAGCUGCGCGAGGAAUACCGGGACAUUGUCAACCAGGCGCGAAAAAUUAUUAGCAGCUGGUGCUCAUCGACUGAGUACGUCCCCUCGACGGAAGAGACCGCUACAUCUGCAAUUAUUCAUGUUUGGAAAACCAAGCUCGAAGAACUGGAUGAUACUUCCCCUGCUGCUUAUCGGAUUGGGGAAGCCUUCGCAAAACUCAUGGAGGGCAUGGAACCGUCUGAUAUGGGUUACUCCUCCGAGGCGAUUGGCCAGUUAUGCAAAGAACUUCGAACAGUCAAUGCUAUUCGCGCCGCUGGUUGGGUUGCCGUCCUACGGAGGCCUAUACUAUCAAACCCCGCUGGUAUCCGAAUCUGCAAUGAAUUCGUGGCGGACUCCACCGGCCUGAAAGUUGAAGAUGAGUCGGCGAACGGCCUCCGGAAGCUAGCCUUACUAAACUUACUCCUUUCCGACGAAGAGGAGGCCAAUCCCAUGGAGUCUAUGCCUACACAACGACUGAUAUUCUUUGUGAAGCACAUGAUACAAUGCCUCCAAUCGGAGCAGAUGUCUCUGGGUCUUAAAGCAGAGAUAUUCAAGGCUCUUACUCUAACACUUCCCAGGGUCAAGGAGAUGUACGGCCCGCACUGGGAAGAUUGCCUGGAGACUCUCCGUUCAACAUGGCGGGCCAUUAGCGGAGGGGACGGCGCUUUGGCUGUCCUAAACUCAUCCUUCAGACUAUUCAGUCGUUUGGAGUCUAUAGUAAAGGAUGAUGAGAGCAACGAUGACGUGAAAGAUGCCUGGGCUGACCGAAAGACGGCACUUUUCAACGGCUUGACAUCGACUCUCUGGAAAUUCGAUUCUUCAACCACCUUCCACCUGCCACGAGACCUCACUGUCGACCGUCUGUGCCGCUUGAUAAAAACUAUGCCCCUUGGAAAUCUUGAGGAUGUCAGUAAAGUUUAUCCUUUAUUGACAGCGCAUAGCCUCGUUAUCCAGCACACCGCGUAUACUCUCCUUCACCGAUAUAUCCCAAGUGUACAGGAGCAGGUGUCCCUUGAUGUGGCCUUGUCCAAAACUGAGGUCAAACUCCCCUAUGAGUUGAUAUCUCUGCUACUCGGAGCGCCAACUAUGGACUCAAUAUCCUUGUCGUAUGGUGAUGACAAGACCUGGGCCGACAUACGGUCGUAUCUUCUUAGUUGGAGACUGGUUUUUGAUCACUUUGUGAACGCUUCUUUCACCCUUCAAGAGCAAUAUGCUUCUAACAUCAAAGAGCACGAUGUAUUGUCCUCGCUACUAGAGUUCAUGUUCGAUUUCCUUCAGAAGGGGCACGGAAAGCUUAUAGAUGUGUCAAAGCUCGACAUUCGCUCCUUCGAUCUAGAUCACUCUGAGAGCUAUGAGAAGGAGAUACAGUGGCUGCUUGUUCACCUGUACUUUCUGUGCUUGAGGCAUCUUGCCAACUUGACCAAAGCCUGGUGGCUCGACUCGAAGAAGCGCAUUAAGGGUCCUGUGGAAACCUGGACGGAGAAAUCCAUCUCGCCGUUGGUCAUUGGCGAUGCUCUAGAGAGAGUAACUCAAUGGAUAUCCACGCAGGACCAGGACGAAGAGCGCGCACUCAACGUAAAGGUCUCCUCAAAGACGGCAGAGAUUAUAGCAAGCAUUACCGUCGACGAGGAAUCACCGCCUGUCUCAAUCGCAAUUAACCUACCCGCUGCCUACCCGCUACACCCUGCGCUGGUUUUCGGCCGGAGUCGAGUGUUGGUAGACGAGAGGAAGUGGAAGAGCUGGCUCCUCACCAUCCAAGGAGUGAUCAUGUUCGCCAACGGCAACCUUGAAGACGGACUGCUGGCAUUCCGCCGAAACGUCCAAGGCGCACUGAAGGGCCAGAGCGAGUGUGCUAUUUGCUACUCAGUCAUCUCGACGGACAUGCAGACACCGAACAAACGCUGCGCAACGUGCAAAAACGCCUUCCAUUCGGUGUGUCUUUACCGCUGGUUCAAGAGCAGUAACCAGAGCACUUGCCCGCUGUGUCGGAACCAGUUUACGUUUGCUUGA